GUAGGAUUUUCAUGUCUAAUGUAUUGUAAAUGUUUCAAAUUGUAUAAUAUACUUGUGCCUCUUAAAAUACAACUAAAAUAAUUUGAGGAUAAUUUUUAUUUUAGUUAGUUGAGUUUUUGAGCUAUGAAAAAGUGUUUUAGUUAACCAUGUUAGUUUUUAUUUUUAUUUCAGUUAACGAAAAACUUUUCAUUUUAGUUUUUGGUAACAAAAAUAACACCGAUUCCCCAGAAGAGAAAGACUGUAGAUGUUAAAGGCGUAUCUUUGCUAAGCGUUUAUUUUGUCCACUUUUAGGAGCAUGCUAGCAUAUAAAUGACUUCAAAGCUUACAGACAUGAACAUAAAGCCACAAAAUAACAAUUUUGAUUUGCUGAGGUAUUUAAAUGUUCCUUUUGUGUUGUCAUAGCAUCAUUUCAUAUGAAAGUGAAUGUAUUUGUCUUUCUGUUCCUUUAGCUCUGUGAGGUAAGAGGAAGUUGCUGGUGAAGGUGGGGUGUGUGUUUGAUGUUUUGGUGUGUUUUUGGUUCAUGGCGGUUUGGGUUUAGUAUAGUCUUACCUUUUUACUAACAUGUCUUUCUAGCCCUCAGAUUUGUUGCUUUAUACAACAGUUAGUUCUGGUCCUGAUCUGACUUGACAAUUGUUUGAGGGUUGUUGAUUGUUUAAAGAACUGUUGUAUAAAAGCAAUAUCACACUUCCAAUCAACCUGCAACCCAAUCACAGCUGAGCUGAUAUUCAGUACUACAGCAUGUUUGUGAGUGUGAUAUUGCUUAAGCACAGAUGGUUUGGCUUCUAAAAACUGAUUCUGAACCAGUAACAUAUAAAAAGUAUUGCUGCAAGCAGAAAUUACGGGGCUAAACACAACUACAGCAUGUAAGGAAGUAUGAUUGGACAUCACUGAUUAUGAUUUCAAGAAAAGUGGUAUAAAAAACGUAAGUAGAAUUGCUUAUAUUACAAUACAAUUCAUAAUAACUUUUGUCCAAUAGGUGGCGCUGUCACCAACUCUAUAUGGUGCAGUUGGGGUGUGAUGUCAUGAUUUUAGGCCAAACUAUUCAGAGGUUAUAAGCAAAAAGAACAAUUUGUCAUAUUUCUUGAACAGUAGGUGGCGCUGUACCGAAACUGUGCAGAUACCCUCAGGUCAUGCUUGUGAUGACAUAUACCAAGAUUCGUGUCAGUACGCUAAAGCGUUGCGAAGAUACAGCCUCACGUCCAUUUUGGCACUCUCGCCAUCAAAUUCGUAUUUGCGGUAUACGAAAACGGUUUGGUCUGUCUUCAUGAAUUUCAUGCAUUUUUGUCAUGGGUGCCUCUAGAUGAUACAUGCAAAAUUUCGAGCAAAUCGGACAUACGGUCUAGGAGGAUUUUCAACAAGUGGGUUUUCAAUGAAAUUCUAAGUGGCGGACAGGAAGUAUGGCCGACCAUGGCAAAUAGGGUAUCAUCGUCUUCGGCAUGACCCACGGAAGCCUCAUGACAAAAGGCCACAUUUUUCAAAAGUUAUAAGCAUUUUAUUAUAUCUUAUAUCUAUUUUGAAUACCUUCAGGACAUGACCCCGAUGACACAUACCACAUUUUUUAAUGAUAUGCCAAUGCAUUUCUAAAAUACAGCAAUUUAGAACUAAAUUCCAAAUGGCCGACAUAGGAAAAUUGGGUAGGUGGCGCUGUGCCAAAACUGUGCAGGUACCAUCAGGUCUUGCUUGUGAUGACAUACACCAAGUUUAGUGUCAAAACAUUUACAACAAUCCAUUUUGGCAUGCUCGCAGUCAAAUUUGUUGAUGUGGUAAAUACGAAAACGGUUUAGUCUGUCAUCAUGAAUCUCAACUUUUUGUCAUGAGUGUUGUUGGAAACUCUCAGAGAGGACCAGGACACUCGGGUAAAGCUUCAGCAGGAUUCUUUAUUGUAGAAGAUCAGGAGCAUACGUCUCUUGCUGCAUUCAUCAAGUCUAACUUAGUGCGGCAUACAUUGUAUUUUAUAGGCAUUUAGGGGGCAGUACUUCCAGGUGGUUACAAAGCAUUCAGGUGAAACCAAAGCAUCCAAUGGGUGAAGACUCUAUAUUCUACUAGCCCUAAUCCAAUUAGCAUAACUAUCACAGAAAACAGGCUAAAAGGGACUAGACGUAGUUAGCAUGAGAAACAUGUCUUCAUUCACAUAGACUCUUGGUCAAAUGCACAAACAGGAUGACGCCAUUGGUAGAAAAUCUCACAGAGUCGCGAUACCAAAUGCCUUGAAAUCUCAAUACAAUGUGCAUCACUUUAGUUUUUCAUGUGAUGUUAUAUGAAAGACAGUAGACCACCUGAUCUUAUAAUUGCACUUAAAUUUGCAAUCCCACAGUAUCUUUAGAGAAUGCAUGCAAAAGUUCGAGAAAUAGGACAUACGGUCUAGGAGAAGUUAGAAAAAGUAGGAUUUUUGGAAAAUGGUGGAAACGACCACUCAUUGGGACUGAGUAUGACCCAAGGAAUCGGAGGAAAUAUUUAUUUAUUUUGUUUCUAGGACUUACGGUUCAAAAGGUAUAGGCCGAAACGUGUUUGCAACUUUUUUUUUUCUCUUCCCCUUUUCUCCCCAAUUUGGAUUGCCCAAUUCCCAAUGCGCUCUAAGUCCUCAUGGUGGCGUAGUGACUCGCCUCAAUCCGGGUGGCGGAGGACGAAUCUCAGUUGCCUCCGCAUCUGAGACCAUCAAUCCACGCAUGUUGAGCGUGUUACCGUGAAGACGUAGCGCGUGUGGAGGCUUCACGCUAAUCUACGUGGCAUCCACGCAGAACUCACCAUGCGCCCCACUGAGAGCGAGAACCACAUUAUAGUGACCACGAGGAAGUUACCCCAUGUGACUCUACCCUCCCUAGCAACCGGGCCAAUUGGUUGCUUAGGAAGCCUGACUGGAGUCACUCAGCACGCCCUGGAUUUGAACUUGCGACUCCAGCCCGCAGAGGAUGUGAGCGUGGUGGCGUGGAACAGUCAGGUGCCACAUAUACUGGCAUCUGCAAACCCAAGCGGGAAAGCCGUCGUCUGGGACCUGAGGAAGAACGAGCCCAUCAUCAAAAUCAGUGACCAUAGCAACCGGAUGCACUGUUCGGGGAUGUUGUGGCAUCCAGAUGUGGCGACUCAGCUGGCCUUGGCAUCAGAAGACGACAGACUUCCUGUGAUACAGAUGUGGGACCUUCGCUUUGCAACCUCACCGCUGAAAGUCUUGGAGAAUCACACCAGAGGAAUUCUGUCCAUCUCGUGGAGUCAGGCUGAUCCGGAACUUCUGUUGAGCAGCGGCAAAGACAACCGUAUCCUGUGCUGGAACCCAAACACUGGCGAGGUGAUUUAUGAACUGCCAACAGCCAAUCAGUGGUGUUUUGAUGUGCAGUGGUGUCCGCGUAACCCCGCCCUCCUGUCUGCCGCAUCAUUUGACGGACGGAUCAGUGUGUACUCUAUUAUGGGGGGACGUCUUCAACAACAUCAGCACAGCACGGUGGAUCAGAUCUCGGCUUCAUUUGAUACCAAUGACCCAUUUGGAACAGGUCAGUCUCUUCCCCCUCUGCAGGUGCCUCAGCCCACAGUAGAGACCACCAUCAUACCACCCCUGAAAAAGCCGCCCAAGUGGGUACGGAGGCCUGUAGGAGCCUGUUUUGCUUUCGGUGGAAAACUGGUGACGUUUGAGAACCCUAAUUUGAGCCCCCAGCAGACGCCAUCCCAGCCCCUCCCUCGACAGGUCCACGUGAGUCAGGUGACCACAGAGACAGAGUUUCUUCAGCGCUCGACAGAACUGCAGACCGCUCUGCAGUCCGGAUCUUUCACCAGCUACUGUCAGAGUAAAAUCAUCAGUGCCUCUUCUGAUGCCGAGCAGGACAUAUGGAGGUUCCUGAUGGUGAAUUUUGAAGAUGAAGCGCGUGUGAAAUUUUUACGGCUGUUGGGCUUCAGUAAAGAAGAGCUGGAGAGGAAGAUCUCAGCGUGUUUGGGGAGAAACCUAAAGCCCAACGGUUUAGAUGUCAAUGAACUCACUGAGAAGAUGCAGACACUUUCUGAUCAGAGGGGAGAUGAAUCGGGCGGAGCUGCAGAUGGUGUGACCGGCCGAGAUUCGCCUGCUGAUUUCUUUAGUCAACUACCAAAGAAGAAGAAAGAACUGUUUCAGAUCCCCGUAUCGUCAGAUACAGAAGGUUUGAUCAGUCAGGCACUGUUAGUGGGUAAUUUCGAGGGUGCGGUUGACCUUUGUUUGAAUGAUGGGCGUUUCGCUGAGGCCAUCCUCCUGUCAAUCAGCGGAGGGGAGGAGCUACUGAAAAAGACCCAGCAACGAUACCUCAACCGACAAACCAACAGCGUCUCCAUGUUGAUCUCGUCAGUGGUGACACAGAACUGGCGUGAUAUUGUUGAGAGCUGUGAGCUCAAUAACUGGAAAGAAGCGCUCGCGGCCCUGCUUACCUACGCUAACCCAGAAGAGUUUGCUCCUCUUUGCGACACUCUGGGCUCACGUCUGGAGGCUGUGGGUGCAGAGAAAUGCUGUCUGCAAGCCUGUCUGUGUUUCAUCUGCUCUGGAAACAUUGAGCGUCUGGUGGAGUGCUGGACGUCCCAGAGAGACUGCUCCUCUCCACUUGCACUGGAGAAUCUGGUGGAGAAGGUGAUGAUCUUGCGGAAAUCAGUUGAACGUUUGCGAAAUAGUGAGGUGUGUGUUCAGAGUUCAACGCUGACGGAGAAACUCAUCCAGUACUCCAGUAUUCUGGCGUCACAGGGCAGCUUGAGUUGUGCGCUAAACUACCUGCCUGACAACUCUGACCAGGCUGCCGUUUGUCUGUUGAGAGACAGACUGUCUCGUGCAAAGGGUGAAAUAAUGCAGAGACAGCAACCUGUAGCACCAGCAGGGGUCGCCAAACCUGCAGCCACUGCAGACACACACACUCCUCCAACACCUGCAACACACACACAGUACCCACCCACAGUACCUCCUCAAAUGCCCCAGUCAGGACAGCAGAUGCCCCGCCUCUUCACCCCACAGCAGGGUCCUAAACCUGGAGCAGGUGCCCCUCCCCUUGGUGGACUGAGACCAGCGUACCCACAGAACCCCUCAACAAUGCCAGGUUUCCACUCAUCUCAGUCAUUCACUCCUCAGUCUGGGCCUCAAGGGGCCCCCGGUGGUUUCAUGUUAGGCCCCUCGAUGCCCCCCUCAAGCCUGUCAGGCCCCUCUGUUGCCCCCUCCUCUCCCCCAGGCCCCAUGAUGCCCGCUCCACCUGCCCCAGGGUUCAUAUCCCCCACCUCUCUGCCAGGGGGACCCAUGCCCAUGUUUCCAGGAGCUCCACACUCACAGGGCCCUGCACAUCCUCCCAGCGGUGUGUAUGGGUAUCCUCAGGGGGGCCCAGGCGCUCCAGCGGCCAAGAGCUUCAUGAGUGCUGGUGUUCCUCCUCCACCCAUAGGUGCACAGGACGGGUGGAACGACCCUCCAGCUGUUCGUGCAGGAGCACGCAUGAAAAAGCUACAAGAGAACUACACACCACCUGCUCCGAUCACAGCUCCAGUGAUGGGAUAUCCUGUAGAAGCUUCUGUUCCUCAGGACCGAGUUCAGGUGCCACCAGGAGCUCCUCAAGAGCCUGGCUUACAGUCUUUACAGCAGCUUUCUGCAGAGCGUGUUGAGCAGAAGGAAAUUCCUGCAGAACACAUGAUACUGAAGACCACCUUCAGCAGCCUCGUUCAGCGCUGUCAACUGGCCGCAACAGACCCGCAAACCAAGCGUAAACUGGACGAUGGCUGUAAACGUCUUGAGAGUCUGUACGACAAACUGAGAGAUCAAGCGCUGUCUCCCGGUAUCCUGGCGGGGCUGCACGAGAUCGGCCGCUGCGUCACCGCUCGUAACUAUCAGCAGGGUUUGGAGAUUCACACGCAGGUCGUGAGCAGCAGUAACUUCAGCGAGAUCUCCGCCUUCAUGCCCGUCCUCAAAGUGCUCAUGACCAUCGCAAACAAACUGUCCGUCUGAUCCCGGGACAGUCAUCACUCCAGUGUUAAACGCCAAAACGCAACAAAUGCAGACCUGAUUUCUUUGCUUUAUUUUGUAGAUCUGUCACUGAACUGUGCUUUAAGAAUGAAUUCACCAUUACGGCUGUGA